AUGAGCCACCCCAAAGCUCUCGAAGAGUACCUCGUUCCUGGUACAAAAACAACCUAUUACGUCCCUAACUUCAUAGACGAAGAAGAGGAAGAGUAUUUGAUCAGAAAGAUCGUGGACGCACCUCAGCCGUGGUGGAAGCGACUCCAAAACCGCAGUGCUAGUGUCAUAGGCGGGGAAUUAACUGCGAAAAAGGUCCUCAUACCGCAGGAGAUGCCGAACUUUGUGAACAUGUACCCUGACCUCAUCGGCCGCAUUCGCGACACAGGAAUUUUCGAGGGUUCCAAACACGGAGAACCCAAUCACAUCAUCAUGAACGAAUACGCUCCUGGUCAAGGAAUCAUGCCCCAUGAAGACGGUCCCGCAUAUCAUCCAGUUGUCGCCACCCUCUCCCUCGGAGCCCACACCGUCUUCAACUACUACCAAUACAAACCAGACGACCCCCCUGCCCCCUCAGACACCCCCCCAGCACCGGAGGCACAGCGCACCGGCCGCGCAAUCGACCCCAAGCCGGUCCUCCGCCUCCUGCUCGAACCGCGCAGCCUCGUCAUCACGACCUCGUCGAUGUAUGCCGAUCACCUGCACGGCAUCGACGAGCUCUAUGUCGACAAGUUCGAAAUCGACGGCACGACGCCAGAGGAGCGCAUCGCGAACUUCGACGCGCUCAAGGAUCCGGCUGCGCGCGCGGCGGUCGAGGCGGGAGGCAUCCUCGAGCGCGGGCUGCGGUACAGCUUGACGUGCCGCGACGUGGAGAAGGUGACUCUGAUGGGCGGAGCCUUGCUCAAGAAGUUGCUUGGCCAGCAAUAA